AUGACAGUCGAUUUAGAUCAAUACCUCAAACCGGGCAAAGAUCAUUACAUAGCCCUUGGGUUAGAAGGUUCAGCCAACAAAUUAGGAGUAGGUGUAACAAAACACAACAAGGGUCAAUUAUCACCAACAAAUCGUGCAGAAGUACUCUCAAAUAUCAGAGAUACAUAUAUCACUCCACCAGGAGAAGGAUUCUUACCUAGAGACACAGCAAGACAUCAUAGAAAUUGGGUAGUUCGAGUUAUAAAACGAGCAAUUGCAACUGCCAAGAUUGUUGGAAAUGAUAUUGAUUGUAUUUGUUUCACCCAAGGUCCGGGGAUGGGAGCUCCAUUACAAAGUGUUGUCAUUGCCGCUAGAACAUUGGCACAAUUGUGGAAUAUCCCUUUAGUGGGUGUGAAUCAUUGUGUUGGGCAUAUUGAAAUGGGGAGAGAGAUUACUGGUGCUGAUAAUCCGGUUGUGUUGUAUGUUAGUGGUGGGAAUACUCAAGUCAUUGCUUAUUCUAGACAACGAUAUCGUAUUUUUGGUGAGACGUUGGAUAUUGCAAUUGGGAAUUGUUUGGAUAGAUUUGCCAGGACAUUGAAGAUACCUAAUGAGCCUGCUCCAGGAUAUAAUAUUGAACAAAUGGCCAAGAAGGGGAAACAUCUAGUUAAUUUACCAUAUACUGUUAAAGGAAUGGAUUUAUCAAUGUCAGGUAUCUUGGCAAAUAUUGAUGGAAUUGCAAAAGAUAUGUUUGGAAAACAGAAGAAACAACUUCUAGAUGAAGAAACUGGGGAACCAAUUACUGCAGAAGAUUUAUGUUUCUCCUUGCAAGAAAUCUUAUUUACUAUGUUAGUAGAAAUUACUGAAAGAGCAUUGGCGCAUGUCAAUAGUAAUCAAGUUUUAAUUGUUGGUGGGGUAGGUUCAAAUGAAAGAUUACAAGAGAUGAUGAAAUUAAUGAUUGAAGAUAGAAAAAAUGGACAAAUAUAUGCCACUGAUGAAAGAUUCUGUAUUGAUAAUGGUAUUAUGAUUGCCCAUGCUGGAUUGUUAAGUUAUAGAACUGGUCAAGUGAAUGAAUUAGAACAUACAGUAUGUACUCAAAGAUUUAGAACCGAUGAAGUAUUUGUUAAAUGGAGAGAUGAUUAA